AUGGUCCCUCUGACUGGCGGCCUCUGGUGCCUCCAGGAGGAGAAAGUGCUUGAGAAACAUAUGUUCACUUCUCCCGUUAUAUCGCUAGGUGACUCUGUGAAGGGGUGUCUAGCCACGUCCGUCGCGGGACUUCGCAUUUAUCUUUCUAGUGCCAAGGAAGAACUUGGUAAGAUAUUCAUCGCUAGCCUCGGCGACUAA